AGCUAGUCGAACAGACGGACAGAAAAGAGAACCUAUGUAAUAGAGUCCCAUUUUCUUUAAAAAACCCUAAAAGCCAAAUGAGAGGAUGAAAGGGCCGUGGAUGAAGAACAAGACAAAAGCCAGGACGAUAUUCCGCACAAUUACAAAGUGAAUAUAGAAAGGAGGUUUUUGGAUGACUUGGAUGACUAUGAGUGGCACGUGGCACACCUCCGGGGCGCCCAGUUCGAUGGCAGGAGAGACUGCAUGGAGGACACGUUCGCAGACAAAGUCAGGAGAUAUAGAAAGAUGUUGAAGAACGACGGAGCUCGCGUCGAGUUCGUAUCAUCCGAUCCGAUAGAAGUGGACCCCGCUGAUAUAACACAAGACUCGUGCAGAGUCGACAUCGAACAGUUGAAAUACGACCCGAAUGUCACAACAGCAGCGGCGACUAAUGCGACAACUACAAGUAGCACGACGGUAACAACACCCGCUAAUGUGACUGUUCUCACUAAUGUAACUGUUCACACUAAUAACGUCCCCCCUACUAGUGCAGCUCCAAACCUCACGAGCAUUUUGAAGACUACGGCAACGAUGUCUGUGGCGCCUACAACACCCAAGAUAGACCUUAUAGCGACGACGUUGGAUACCAAGCAGACGACGAAAGCCGAGACAAACCAAACGCUGGAUCAAGUGAGGCGCGCCAGUGAGUACAUGUUCAGCUCCAUCGAGUACUACGACGACUCCAUAGAGUUCGAUGAGUCCAUCUGCCCUGAGGCUGUGGAGGCCAUCACCUUGGACAUCGACCAGCUCCGGAGCUACGACCUGGAGUGUGAGAUGACCCUCGAGUGGAGGAGCUUGGAGUAACUAACGAUUUGUGUCUGAAGGGAAAUUAAGUUUAGUCUUUUUUAGUUUUUCUGGUAUGUCUGGUAUUCCUUCUGGUUUGUAUAACUAGAUUAAAGCUACAGGAAAAUUUUAAUAAAGCUACCUUGUGCUUUUCCACUAAUCCCAUAUUCACUUAAAAUACCUCUCUCUCCCUCUCCCUCGCGAUCUCUAUCGCUGAGUAUCCGCUACUAUUAAAAAGAAUGACAAACUUUUAUAUUGUAUCAUGUUUGAAAUUCAGGUAUAAAGCUGCACACAAGUCGAGUUAACUGUUUGGAAGUAUGAUACAUACUGUUAUAACCUUUAUAACAUGGCAAUAGAGCCUAACUCAGCUUUAUCGUGUUUAUACUUUCCAUUUACUAAAGUGCUUUUGUUA